CAUGGGGACAGGGAUCUGACGUCGCGGACAGCAGAGGCUCCGCUGAGACUACAUCUCCCGUGAUCCUCCGCGGUGACUGAUGCCAGCCUGGGCUGCUGCUGCUGCCGCUGCCGUCAGGCCGCUUCUUUGUGCAGCGGUGAGGAGGAGACCUGGGGGCGCUGCUGGGCGCAAUAGGCCGGGUGUAGCAGGCUGCCAGGUGAGCAGGAGGAGUGCAGCUUAAGAAACUCACCACCACAGGGGUCAUCUGCCCAACUCUGAAAAGCUGCGUCGCUUGCGGAGGAUGGACAAGGCGAAGAAUCACAUGACUGAGAGGAUAUUGACCCUUGCCCUGGAGUUGGUGUACCUGCUUAUUGAAGAGGAUUUUGUUAUAGUGAAGAAGUCCGGUGAACAUGUGGUGUACAGCAGCAGUAGCCAGAGCCCCAUCACGGAGCCUCCGACAGAUUCACUGACACAGGAGAGAGACAAUGAGCAGAAGAUCCUGGAUCUCACCAACAAGAUCAUUCAGCUGCUGACUGGAGAGGAGUGCGAGUAUUUACAAUCAAAUAAAGAUUUUGGAGAACUACACAAGGAUCAUAAAAAGCAAGAAAUGGGGGAUAGUCACCAGCUCAAUUCACAGGGGAUAUCUGCUGGCGGAAUUGAAUCAGCAAAGUCUUCUCCCGCCUCUGCACCUGUGAACCUAAGGAAGGGCAGGGUUGCCUCUGGGAGUCCGCAUGAAAUAUCCUUGAGCUUGUACCAAGGCGACACAAAACAAAGUGUAACUACAGCCCUUCGUGAAGGUGGACGCCUCCCUGAAAUUUACAUUCAUGUCCCAGUUGACCAGACAGAAUAUUUAUCCGUCUGUAACAAAGGAGACGUGGCGUCAGCUGAUUCAGAUAAGUUUUCAGGCAACAACAUUUGCAAACCCACUUCACAUACAUCAACCGUACCUGCCGACAGCAAUGAGAGCCCAGUAGAAGAAGGAAAAUCCACAGAUCUGAAGCCGGGAGAGCCAGAAUAUACAGCUAUUGAAAUUAAGGAGGAGCCAAUGGAAUUUGAGGAAGAAAAUCUCAGCUUGAACAGUCAACUGCAAGCAGAGGUGGGGCACUUAGCUAUACAGGCAAAGAGCAAACUCCCCUUACAUGAUAAAUCUCCUAAGGACACAGCUCAUUCAACAGCCCAAUGUACGUCUGCUUAUAUAAAGCAGGAACCAGUUUCAUGUGAGGAAGGAGAACACAGUGAGACUGAAACCUCUACAUCCGCACAGCAACAGCUUCUAUUUGCCCAGCUUAAGGAGGAAUCCUGCGCAGAUGGGAAUUCUAGAGACACUGAAACCGACGUGGCAAUGGAACAAUCACACAUGCAAUAUAGACUUUGCAUAAAGGAGGAAGUCUGUGACGAUAUGUAUAAUGAAGACCACAGCCUGCUUCCAAGUAGUGAGGGCUUUUCACCUGCUCAGUCUUUCCAUAAAUUGCCCAUGGGGGAAUAUUACUCUGCCCACUCCAGUACCGCACAGCAGGGAAAUAACCCGGAGAAACCGUUUUCAUGUUUGGAAUGUGGAAAAUGUUUUAAAUAUAAAAGCCUCCUCCUUCAUCAUGCCAAAUCUCACCAAAAGAAGCCGCUGAUAUGUUGCGAUUGUGGGAAACGGUAUUCCUGUAAGACGGAGUUCGAUAUACACCAGAGGAUUCAUACGGGAGAGAAGCCGUUUGUGUGCUCCGACUGUGGGAAAGGUUUCAGGCGGAAAUCUCACAUGUUACGGCAUCAGAGGAUUCACGGAGACAAGGAGACAUUCUAUUGUCCUGAGUGUACUAAGUGUUUUCAUCGGCUGGACGUGCUAAACCAACAUCGUAAGACUCACAAGACAAGCUUCCCCGCCCCUGAGCUUCAAAUGCCCAUGGAACCUUCACAAAUGCAAAAUUCACCUACGGCUUAUGAAGAAAAGGAGGUGUUUGCAUGUACGGAGUGUGGGAAGUGUUAUAACGAAAUCUCUCUACUGGAGAGACACCAGAGAAGCCACGCAGGAGACAAGCCAUUCUCCUGCACCGAGUGCGGGAAAUCUUUCCGGUUUGAGGCUCUUUUGGAGCUGCACUGGGGCAGUCACAUUGAAACCAUUUCAUGUCCCGAAUGCGGGGAGAGCUUCGCAAGUCAGAGCCUUCUAAGCCACCACUUGAAGAUCCACGCAGGGGAGAGCGAGUGUAUUUGCUCAGAGUGUGGGAAAGAAUUCCCCAGCAGAUCGCAGCUCGCUGACCACUACAGAACUCACACAGGAGAGAAGCCGUACAUGUGUCCUGAGUGCGGGAAACACUUCCGUAGGAAAGCGCAUGUCGUCAGGCACCGAAAAACACACACGGGCGAUAAGCCCUUUUCCUGCUUUGAGUGUGGCAAAUGCUUUGAGAAUGAAGAGUUCCUCAGUCGACAUUCCAAGUUGCACAAAAGGAAGAGGCCGCACGUAUGUCCUGAGUGUGGGAAGAAUUACACCAAGAACUCCCACCUAGCCAGACACCAGAGGAGCCACAUCAGGGAAACAACUUACACUUGUUUUGAGUGUGGGGAAUACUUUCAAUACCCUGCCCUUUUGAGUCAGCACAUGAAAACCCACAGCGGGAAAACGGUGUACGAGUGUUCCGAGUGUGGGAAGAGUUGCGACUCGGACAUCUCUCUCGCUAAACACGAGAAAAUGCACUCCAAAGAGAAGUCCUUCAUAUGCGUUGAGUGCGGCAAAAGCUUCACUUUCUACUCGCACUUCAUGAGACAUCAGACCUUGCACUCUGGAGAGAAACCCUUUGGGUGCUCUGAGUGUGAGAAAAGGUUCACUCGGGAAUCACAUCUUGUCAGACAUCGAAGGCUCCACAACAGCGAAUAAGCUACAGUGCUAAUGGUCACAGAAAACAAAAAAACAAUUGCUCUUGGAUCGAUCGCCAGGACUGGCUAUACUUACUUUAUACUUAUUCACUUUAUUUCAUUUUUUUUUAAAUAUUGAUUUUACUCUUAAAACAUUGACAUUGAAUCUAAUUUUUAGCCUAAGGAGCAUAUUUAUCAAUGUUUGGAGAGAAGCCAAUCAGCUUAUUGCUGUCAUUUUACAAGCUGUGUUUGAAAAAUGACAGGAGCUGAUUGGUUGGAACUUUCUCUCCAAGCUUUAAUAAAUAUCCCUCUAAAACUUUAUUGUUCUUGUCAAUGUUGGUAAGUACGGUCUUAGCAGGUGACAGUGGCACUCAGUAUAAGGGACUGGAGAAACGCAGUUGUUGCCCAGAACAAGCACACCCAAGCCUCUAACUAAAACGUAAAAAUAGAUCUUGGGCGCAUCAAUUAAAUGACGAACAAAUGAAUUCCAACAAGUGACCCAAUGUUGAGAAAAAAAAUGACAAUACAAUGUCAAUUAACCCUAAGUGGUACACAAUGGCUUCAAUGCUUUCUUAUCAUAAUGUUUAAUACAAAAACUGGAUAACCCUUAAAAAAAUGUUAUCUGUUCAUUUAAAUAUAUUAUAACACAAGAAAACCUUUAAAUGCAAUAAGAAACAAUGGCAUCUUUCAUAUAAACAGUCCAUAUAAGAUCCAGAUGAAUUCCAAAAUCUUACCGUUGUCGAUGGAUGUGGUGAAAUAUUCUAACCAACCCGGAACACUGGGGAGGUUUACCAACAUAGAAUAGGUGCAAGAUACAUGGAUCCCAAUGGCUUGAGGAUAGGCAGAAUAUCAGGAGCAGAACAUAAUAACCGCUCCAGAAAAGGCCAUUCUCUGAUAACACAUACUAAACAAUAACGUCAGUCCCGAAACAUAUAUAAUGUUCCUAGCAGAAUACUAGGAGUCCAGAAUGCGAAUACUGCUUAGCAAACACUUAUGCUGCUUUCAGAUUGCAAAUGCCGGAUCCCACC